GAUAUGCUGUAAAUACCAGUGUAGAAACGUCACUGCAUGAACGACAAAACACAUAUUAAAUAUCCCGGCUGUCCGGUUCGUCUUCGAGUAACUGCACCCGUCUUGAUCUUGUCUGAUAAUAACAUGGAGCAGUUAUCGAGCUAAUAUUGUUUAUCAUGGAUACAACGUCAAAUCCAAAUGGGCCGGGGGUGGAACUCGACAAAGUUAUUGCUUUGUUCACAGGCCCAAACUCAGCCGACCUUUACGAACGACAUGUUGCAGCGAUUAAUCGGUUAUGCAGAAGCAACUCCGGGGGCUUUGCUAUACGCGACCUGCCCAAAGUACAGAAAGUACUGGAGCUCAGUUUGGCUCUUCUUAAGCGGGGGACACCUGGAUUUGUGGACUCGCUAUGCGAACUUGUCAGCACGCUUGGCAAGCCGUUCAUCCGGCGCACAUCAACAGAUGAGUUCAAGAUGCUUAGCCUCAUCACAAAUGUGCUGACAGCUGUUGGGGACAUCUUCCGUAGCCCUGGCCUACCAGCUCAACUGCUGGUCGCCGCGGCCCAGAUGAUCACGGCCUUCGCCAAUGCCUACGGCCACCGUCCCAACGCCUUGGAGCUGGCGGCCCAGCAGCAGGCUGAGCCGGAUGUCACCCAGCGGCAGUACCACACCAACCAAAGCCUGCUCAACAAGAGCGGCGUCGUGGCGGACAUCAUCACAGCCCUGGCGCGCUGCCUGCUCGCGGACCUGGACGCCUCCGGCAGCAGCCCCAGCGCCCAGGCCCUAGCGCCCAUCACCGUCGCCCUGCUCGCGCUGUCGUACAACCCCGAAAACUGCGCCAGCAUGGUGGAAGGCGGCGUGCUGCAGUGUCUGGCGGCGCUGCUGGCCCGCGGCGCGCACUCCGAAACCACGUGUGCGGCGGUGGAGCUGCUAUGGAAUGUGGCGGAGAACGCGCCCUCGGCUCGGGAGCUGCUGUCGCAGCCGCUGCCCUCCCUGCAGACGCUGGCUAGAGGAGGAGACAGCAGCGGCGGCGGCGGAGGCGGGGGUGCGUUGGGUGCGAUACCGCCGUGUGACAGCGAGGGACCAGCCAGUGAGGCUGGAGACGCCGCGGCGCCGUCGGGUGCUGCAGCGGCGGUGGCGGGUCCGGGGCCUGGCAGCAGCGCUCGAGCAGGUCGCGGAACUGGGGAUGGCGGCGAGAUCUCCGCGAUGCCUUCCUUUGCGAGCAUGUCAGAGGCGGGGGGGCGCUGGGGAGGCGGUGGAGGCGGCGGGGGCUCCAUGCGUCGCAGCACGGGGGCGGUGUCGCACGGCGGUGGCGGCGGGGGCCUAGGGCAGCCGGCAGGCCCGGGGUUUGGGUUGUUGGACGGCGGUGGCCGCGGCGCGGGGCGGCAAUCAGGGCUUCAGAACGGCGGCGGGGGCUUGGCUGCGGAGUCCAGCAUAGAGCUGGGCCCAGCCUUCCGGGCUGCGCGGGGUAGUCGGGGGAGCGUAGGCAGCGCUGGAGUCAAUACCGGCGGCGGCGUCUUCCAGGAAGGUCAGCAGCUCCCGGCAGCGCCUGACCUGCCGCCCCGCCUCUCCGCUCGCGCUCGUGGCGGCAGCGCCACCACCGCCACCGCUGCUCCUCCUCCUCCUGCACCAUCCUCAACCUCCGCUCCAGCUGCCGACACCGCCGCCGCCCUCACCUCCGCCACCGCCGCCGCCGCCGCUGCGCCCGUGGUGCAGCCCCUGGCCACCGCCCUCACCGGCCUCAUCCGCUCGCUGCUGCUCAGCGGCUUCAGCCGGGCAGACAAGGAGCUCAGGAACGACGUGAUGGUCGCUGCCAACUUGCUGCUGCAGGCACCGGACUUCCGCGCCGCCGCCGCCGCCGCCGGCGCCUUCGAGCCGCUGCUCGCCGCCGCCACGGCUCCUGAACUCGCCACCCGGCCCGACCUGGUAGCGGGCUACGCGCUAACUACCGACACGUUGGACCAUGAGUUGCGGCUGCUGGUGUGGGGCGCGCUGGAGCAGGGCUGUCUGCUGCCGGAGGUGCUGGCGGCGGCGGUGGCGGCGGGGCUCAUGCGGGUGCUGCUUCUGUACGUCAGCUACGGCGACAGCCACCCUGCCGUACGGCGGUGGAAUGCGGACCAGCUGGCGUCGCUGCGUUCCGCCGCGCUCAGCAAGCUGCACUCGCUGUCGCCGCUGUGUCCCGAGGAGUAUGAGCGCGCGGGCGGGCCGGCGACGCUGCUGGGAUUCGUGUCCGCCGCGCCGGGGGCGGUGCACCUGGAGGGCGCUCUGCGGCACCUGCACCGCCUGUUUGUGUUGGUGCCGGAGACACGGGACUCGCUGGGGGGUGCGGGGCUGAUUCCGGUGCUGCUGGGGGUGGUACGGGACAGCGUGGGAAGCGGCGCUGGCGGCGGCGGCGCGCUGGGGCAUGUGGGUGCCGGCGGAGGCGGCGGCGGCAGCGGAGGCUUGUCAGCUGCCGGCAGCAGCAGCUUCGUAGCUGGUGGAACUGGCGGUGGCGGAGGAGGAGGCGGAGCUUCCGGGCAGCCGGAGCCGGUACGGCUGUUCGCACUGCUGUGCCUCACGGCGCUGUGCACGGUGCAUGCGGAGAACCAGCGGCGGCUGCGAAAGGCGGGAGGCGUGGGGGUGCUGCUGUCGGCGCUGGCGAAGCUGCGGGGACUGGAUCCGCUGCUGCCGGCGCCGUACGCAAUCGCCGUACUGGAGUGCAUUUGGGCGGCGGUGGUUCCGGAUCGUAAGAGUACGGCACGGUUCCUGGUGGAUCAGGGGAUGGACCAGCUGCUGAACCACCUGGAGAGCGGCAACCAGGGGCACAGACCCGUGGUUCUGCGUGUGCUGUCGGACCUGCUGGAGAACCCGCGCAGCCACCCCUUCUUCCACGAGUGGCAGUCCGACGCCAACAAGCAGACGGCAGCGCACAUGCUGCUGUCCAUCUGGAUGGAGGAGGAUGCGAUGCGCGGCAUGACGGGCGCCGACGGGCUGCUGGCCAACCCUUCCCGGCCCCUCGCGGGCCUGGAGAAGCGCACCAAGUGGCUGCCCGCGGAGACGGUGGCGUACGGCAACAUGAGCGCGGACAAGAGGGAGACGCUGGAGCUCAUGUCCGGCAGUGUGACCAACGAGGUGGUGCUCGCCAAGAUCUACGGCGUCUUCAAGCUGCUGGGCUUCGAGUCCUGCCCCUACCUCUCCCCACGUGACCAUGCGGUGCUGGCGGCGGUGGAGAAGUACGCCAAGUUCCGACAGGGUGACGUGUGGCGCGGCAUCCAGGAGGAGUUCGAUGCGUGCGACAUGCGACCCACGGCGCCGGACAGAAUCCGCCUAGAGUCAGGCAUCGAGCUGUCCGAGUCGCUGGCUGCAGCGGUUCGCGACGCGCAGGCUCGGCUGCUGGGUCGCGCGCAGGAGGGGCUGCGGGCUGCCGAGACGCGGCUGUUCGACGGGCUGCGCGCGCAGGCCAAGUUGGAGGCGGAGUACCGCUACGUGCAGCUGCAGGAGCGCACGCCGCUGACGCUGGCGGAGAUGCGGCGCGCGAAGGAGCAGAAGGCGGCCAUGCUGAAGAACAGCCUGCAGAGCUUCCAGUUCCAGCAUGGGCAGGAGGAGGAGGAGGGGGAGGGGGAGGGGAAGUGAGGGGGUGGGGGGUGAUGUGAGGGGCAGAAGCGUUAUGUAAAAGCAAUGGAGCAAGGCAGGAUUAGGGUACCUUAAGGGGGUGGCGUAUUAGGGACUUCUUGGGCCGGCGUGGAAUGGAAAAUAGGGAGGAGUGGUGAUUGGGGCUUGUGGGGAGACUAUGAGGAGGCUGGGGGCCAGGCUCGUUGGCGCAGGAGCACCUGAGGUGCUUGAGGAAGCGAGGAUGAGGAAGAGGGGUGGCGUGGGGUCGGUACUGCAGUCGUGCUUUGGAGUACAGUCGUGCUGUGCGUUGCUGUAGGGUGUGGGGCCGUGUGAGCCACACACGGGGUGUACGUGUAUCAGGCAGGAUGUGGGGACGUGAGGAACAAGGCGUAUUUUUGCACAAUGAUGAUUGGCGAUGUGCCGGUUAGGUGACAAGCACCGGUAUAGCAUGUCUUGUCCUAAACCCCCUGCCUCCAGCUAUGGCGACACGGGAAUGGCAUGGCUUGGGAAGGCAUGGCUCCCAUUGUCUACCAUGCCUGAAACGAAAUCAUCAUGCAUCAAGUUUCAAGUAAACAGCGAAGCAGACACAUGUGGCUAUCGAUAUGUGUCCAUGUAACACGUCAGGACGUCCA